CCGCCCCUCCCGAGCAUGGCCCCCGUGCUGCUGCCGCUGCUGCUGCUGCCGCUGCUACCGGCGGUGCCCGCGUGGCCGGGCGCGCCCCCGCCCGACCUGCUGCUGGCGGACGGGGUGCGCGCGUACGAGGCGCGGGACUGGGCGCGCGCGGCCGCGCUCCUGCAGCGCGCGCUGCUGAGCCACGCGGGGCUGCGCCGCGCGCGUCGCCGCUGCCGCCGCCGCUGCGAGAGGCUCGACGCCUUCCCCCCCGCGCUCCGCUCCGCCCGCGGCACCGGCACCGACACCGGCUGGGAGGAGGAGGAGGAGGGAUGGGAGGCGGCGCUCUUCGGCCCCGCGCUGCGCCGAGCCCUCUGCCUGCAGCGCUGCCUCGGCGCCCGCCUGGGCUCCGCGCCCGCCGCCCACCGCGCCAGCCGAGCAGUGCGAGCCGCCUUCGACAGGAGGGAGCCCUACAACUACCUGCAGGUCGCCUUCUUCCAGCUGAAGAAGCUGGAUCAAGCUGUGUCCGCAGCUCACACCUUCUUCGUCGCCAAUCCCCAGCACCUCCAAAUGCGGGAGGACAUCGAGAAGUACCGGCGUAUGUCAGGGGUGAAGUCGGACAACUUCCGUGACCUGGAGGCCAUUCCACACUGGGAAGCAUAUGAGGCUGGGAUGCAGCACUACAAUGCAGAUGAGUAUCCGCAGGCUGCAGCCAGGCUGGAGGAGUCACUCACAGAGGCGCUGUCAGCGCUGGAACAGUGUCGUGCCCUGUGUGAGGGGCCUUGGGAGGAUGAGGACGAGGAGGAAGAGGACAUGCAGCCUGGCCUAUAUGAAGCCAUUGCAGCCCAUUAUAUUCAGGUGUUGAAGUGCAGACAGCAGUGUGUCCUUGACAUUGCCACAAAGCCAGGGUGGAUUUCUGCCACAGAAGAUUUCAUACCCUCUCAUCUUGAUUUACUGCAGUUCUCCUAUGAUCAAGCUGGGAACCAGACACUGGCUGCUGAAUGUGCUGCUUCCUACUUGCUCUUCUAUCCCAUGGAUGAGCCCAUGUUGGAGAGAAUGAAAGAGUACCAUGGAGAACUGGGAGAAGACACACGUGUCACAGCCAGAGAGAAUAUUCGACAUUAUGUUCAGAGGUCUUUAAUGGAGAAGAAGUUGAUUUAUUAUGCAGUGGAGCAUCUAGGAGGAAGUUUUAAUGACCCUGAUCUUUGGACUCCAGAUGAGCUGAUUCCUGAAAACUUAAAGAAGAAACACAGAGAGGAUCAGGAGAAGCAAAAACAGAGAACUCUGGAUGUGGAAGAAAGGGAGAAGAGGGGUCCUUUGCCUUUUGAGGGUAUUGCUGUCACAAUGGAUUCCAGCCAGAUGAAUGGAACCCAGAGGGUUGUGUUUGACAGAGUGCUGACAGAGUCCGAGUGUAAGGACCUUCUCCGGCUGACAAAGGCAGCAGGAGAAGGCUACCGGUCAAGACGGUCCCCUCACACCCCACAUGAGAGAUUUGAAGGGUUAACUGUUCUGAAGGCUGUGCAGCUGGCCCAGAAUGGUGAUGUGGAUUGGAGAGACGUCAAAUUGCUUCUGCAGGCCAGUGAGAAAUCGCGGAAAAUCAUAGAGUCCUAUUUUACUCCUGGAAAGAAACUCCAUUUCUCAUUCACACACCUUGUGUGCCGCACAGCUGUAGAGGAGGAACAGGAAGGUCGAAUGGAUCUUAGUCAUCCUGUCCAUGCUGAUAAUUGUCUCUUGGAUCCCGAGGGGCAAGAGUGCUGGAGAGAACCACCUGCCUACGUGUACAGGGACUACAGUGGCAUUCUCUACCUCAAUGAUGACUUCCAAGGCGGAGACCUUUUCUUCACUGAAAUGGACACUGUGACUGUCACGGCCAAGGUGCAUCCUAAGUGUGGGAGGCUGGUGGCCUUCAGCUCUGGCAAGGAGAACCCCCACGGUGUGCAGGCAGUGAGCCGGGGGAGACGCUGCGCUGUUGCUCUCUGGUACACACACUCCCAAGAGCAUGCUGAACAGUGUUUUGUCAGCUCCUGCAAGCAGGACAAAGACCCUAGAAUGGAGGGGUUCACAUCAUCUCCAUCUUCAUGGCUGCAGGAGCGGGUGAAGGCAGAGAAGCUGGUGGAGCAAAGGGAUGUGGAGGACUGGCCUGAUGGAGAAGAACGUCAGGGGGCUGUUCACAACAGCAUAUCUUCCUCAGAGCGUCCUGUUCGCAGUAGCAGAGCCAGGCCGACGAGCCAGACACACAAGCCUGGCUCAGAAGGGACACAACGCCCCAAGGAGCUGCGGGCCAGAGAUGAGUUCUGAGUAUGCAGGGCGGUGGGGACAGGACUGGCACACACUAUGGCCUGGCAGGUCUUGGUAGCACUGGGACCACAGAGGCCUGGAGCAGUGUAUUAGCAUGCUAGAGAUGUAGUGAUGGGGAGGGAUGCAGCUUUCUUCUCUGUGACAUCCCAGCAGCUGAAAAAUGGGAGCAGGGACAGAGUGUUAAAGUCACUGGCACCAGGAACUUUCUUCACUCCCUCAUCAGUGUGUUUGUGUCACUCAGAAGUAAGAAAAUAGUCUCCUCACGCCACUCCUCUCAGUGCCAGCUUCUUAGUCAUCCAAGGCCAAAUCCAAGAAGGGGAGGAGGAGCCUGAGGUCUUUCAGCAAGGGCUAUCUCACAUUCAGGAACUCAAAACAGAAGCUCUGAAUUUCCUAGGCACCUGCAAGCUCCAUAAACUCGCAACUGGUCUGAGAGAGGGAAGGUGAGAGACUGUGAAUAUCUGAAAUAAAAGCAAAAUGCUGAACACAAAUGUUGGUGGGAGCUUGAGUCUGUAUGUGCCCAGAUGCCAGCUACCUCCGAUAAGGGACAGCAAGACAGAAAGUCAGCUCUGCCGUGACUGAACUGUGGAAAGAGCAGGGAGUGCCUUUAAGAAAGAGCACUGUACACUCGCAUUUCUCUGCAGCAAGGCUUCUAUUCUUUUUGUAUUUUUUGUCCUCUCCAUGCACCA